AUGACCGACAAUCAUAGUUACAAGUACGAUAUCUCUGUCCCCAAAACACAGACUGCUGGGUGCAUCUUGUACCACGCAGAUGUUUUUAUCGACCUUCCCGACGAUGCCAAAAUCUCGUACGACACCUGCUGCACCGGUGUAUUCCGCAAGGCAUCGGGGCCACGCCUUUUAGGUGAUCCAAAGGUCAAGGUCAAGGUAUUCAUCAAGCCUUUCGCCGAGGGAGGGCAAUUUCCAAGCGACCUGAAGCAUGAAGACAUCGAGAACUUGGUCUUCGACGAAGUCCAGAAGCUGUACCAUCCGGAUAGUCUACCCCGGGAAGAAUCUAUUACCAGCACUACCGAAAGCGCUCCCCCUUCAACAGCUCCCUCUGCUGGUACGACACCACUAUCGACUACCUGGAAGACCGCGCAAUUGGUCGACAAGCAUUUGAGAGUUCGUUGGUGGAUGCCAGUGGAGGAUAGGGGUAGCAGCGAUAUGCUACGCCUUCAGAAAACUUUUGCGCCAAGAGCAAACGAUUACCUCCGUGUUUCACCGUCGCCACACCCCUGCAAGCAAGACUAUCGCUUCGCGAUGACAUACGAAUACACUUACGAAAUCCGAGAGGCUACUCUUGGGAACGGACACACUCACAGAGUGAAAUUCAUCGUCGACAAUGUCGAAGUCAAUGAGAGCAACAGGGUUCGGGACCACUUGUUCACGCUGCCUCGUGAUGGCCCCAAGCUUUACAUCGUUCCCUACGCCGAAGGAGGCAGUCUUCCACCGGGUUUGAAUAGUUUUCAGAUCGAAAAGCUUUGCUUUGCGGAAGUUAAGAGGCAGUACACGAGGGAGACAGAAGAGACUGACUAUGCACUCUCGCAGGGUGGUAGGACAUCUCUGUCCGUUGCAGUUACAGAAGCGUCCACUGUUUGA